UAAUAUCACAAGCACAGAUAUUCAUGCUGUUCUAUGUGUUUUCUCAAUUCAUAAACAAUAAAGCGCUUUAUGAAUCGUUCGGCUUCACCACCAUGCCAGUGUUAAUUGGAUUAUUCUUAUUCCAAUCAAUAUAUGCACCCGUCGAGACUGUGACAACGUUCUUAAUGAACGUUCUCAGCAGGAAGCACGAAUUUGAGGCUGAUGCAUAUGCCAAAAAGCUAGGAUUCGGUGCUCAGUUGCGCUCCGGGCUUAUUAAAAUCCAACUCAAGAAUCUAACAAAUAUAAAUAACGAUGAUUGGUAUUCGAAAUACCACUUCUCCCAUCCACCUCUUCCAGAAAGACUGAACGCUUUGGAGAAGACUGAAUAG